AUGAACUUAUUAUCAACAACCAAUUAUGUUUCUUCUUUCUGUAAUUCCAGAGGUGAGAUCCGUACACUAGGUGUGGGUUGUCUGAUUGCUCUGUUGUCGGGGGCGGCUGUUGCCGUGGGAAUCCUGAGCGACAACAUAGCCUCCCUCGUGGGGGUGGCAAUAUCCACGUCUCUGAUGCCUCCAGCGGUGAACGCGGGCCUCCUCUGGUCUCUGGCCAUCGUCUAUUACGUGAAAGGCAACGAGACGACACGUUACGCGUCUCUUUCGUACACCGAGUAUUACUCGACCGAUCGAUUCAUCGAGUUGACCACCCUCGGCGCCGUCAGCCUCUGUCUCACCUUCGUCAACAUCAUUUGCAUCUACUUCGCAGGAAUCUUAGUCUUCAAAAUAAAAGAGGUCGCACCGAUCUCCAACAAAGAUCACGCCCGUCGUCAGUUCUGGAAGCACGACAUCAAGGUCACCAGAAACUACAACAAAACUCUGCAGAAGGAGGAGGCCAAGAAGAUGAAAGCGAAGUUCCUGAAGGAACUGGGCAUGGCGAAGAGAUCGGAUGAUGGUCAAAGCGAUCAUCUGCACCAUUCGACGGAAAUCAACAGGGAAGAAGUGGAGAAGAGCGAGAAGAAAACGCAGUACACUUGGUCGCCUUGCACCAUGGUCUCGAAGAGGCCCACGAUCCAAGAACUGCAGGAUCUCUACAACAAUUUGGUACGCGAGAGCCCGAAGAAUUCACCGAAACUAAUACCAAAAACCGUGCGCAAACUUUCGCAAAUCUUCGCGAACUCUCCAGACGUUGCAUCCUCCAGAGACAGCGUCAUAAUUCCCAUCAGCGAACCAUCCACAUCCAAUCACCAACCAACUACUUGCGGAAGAAAGUUUACAGUGACUCCCUGCGAAUUGGAAGUACCCAAUUUCUAUUAAAUAAACGCAAAAUUAAUCAUUAUAAACUACACAUU